ACUGCUGUCAAAUCAGACCCGCGGCGAUUCGGUGGCGGAGCUUUCGGGAGACGCUGCAGGGAGGAUUUAUUUGUCACUGGUUGCAUCUGGAAGGGUGUUUAAAAGUCUUUGACCGGAAAAAGAAAAAAAAAGUUACUCAUCUUCUUACGUGGGUAAUUAAGAAACAGCUCUUUGGUUUUCAUCAGCUAGACCCCUUCUUUUUAACAGCCCUUCGCUCCGCCCCUCACCUGACUGAAUUUCUACGGCGGGACGGGGCACCGGUUCGGGGUGUUUGCUUGAUUUUUGUCUCCGCCGUCGCCUUUCCGUCGUCCUGCUCUCAUCCAUCCUACAUUUGACGCCAAACUGAGGUCUGUCUAGUCAUUGUUUUACUUAAAAGCGGAUAACUCUUGCAAGUUGAAACUCACUUUUUCUUUAUCACACCCCUCGCUCAGCCCCCCCCCCCCCCAAGUCCUCACCGAGGUGAACAUUUUGUUCCGAAGUUUUACGACCCAGAAGAGAGUUCUUCUAUCCAGAACUGUGGACUUAGUGUUGUUACCAGUAAUGAAAGGGUCUGAGUUUAGCCCGGAAAAGAACAAAAAGGUUAAGAUACCUGCAAGGAGACUUCGUGAAAUAGUUUCUCCAAACCAGGGAGAUAAGGAGGCUUUGCAGAAAGACGAGUUGUCCCGCGUCCCUCCAGCCUUGUCUGCAAACCAGCGUCUUCCUGUUAGAACCGGGACGGGUUUGAGUGGAACGUUACGUGGUUCACUAGACUUAACUUCUGCUAGAAACUAUCACCAGUCUCCAUUAGAAAAUCCAGCUGUGCCAGAAAGUGACUUUUCCAAAGAUGUCUCUGUGCAAAAGUUGCCCUUGGAUAAAAUGGAAGAGAGCAACAGACAAAAAGAAAAUGAUAUCUUAAUUUCCCAGUAUGCCAUGGGACAGAAAGAUGCUGUAAGAGCAAUUUUAAAGCAAAAAACGCAAACUAUACCUGUGUUUAAGGAGGUAAAAGUACAGCUUUUGGAAGAUGCAGGCACAGAAAAGGACACUGUUGCUCAGGAGAUUAGAACUUCUCCCAGUGGAAUUGAUUCAGCUACAACUGUAGCUGCAGCAACUGCAGCUGCCAUUGCAGCAGCCGCUCCGCUGAUAAAAGUUCAGAGUGAUUUGGAAGCAAAAGUCAACUCGGUUACGGAAUUACUUAAUAAAUUACAGGAGACUGACAAGCAGUUACAAAGUGUAACUGAGCAACAAACAAGCAUUCACAAUAAACACAAGAGUCUACAUUGCCUUGAUCAUGAGAAGCAGAUGAAUGUGUUUAUGGAGAAUCACAUUAAGCAUCUUGAAAAACUGCAACAACAACAAAUAGAUAUUCAGACUCAUUUUAUUAGUGCUGCACUCAAAACUAGUAGCUUUCAGCCUGUUACUAUGAAUCCUUCUAAAGCUGUGGAAAAGCAUUUUGCAAAGCCAGAUCAUCCUAAUCUUGGUAGUUAUAAUCUACCUUCAUAUAACACAAUUGCUUCCGAACAAGCAUCUGCAAGAGAGAUUGAAGAAAAGGGUUUUUACAAACAGAAAUCUCCUUUGGAGACACCAGCACCUCGCAGAUUUGCCCCAAUACCUGUUUCAAAGGAUGAUCAAAUAUCAAAAAAGGAAAAUCCUAUGGAAGAGAAAGAAAAUUUGGAGAUGCCAAGUCACAGAGGAAGUGUAAGGUUAUUGGAGCAGAUUUUGAAUAGCCAAGAUUCUUUGACAAGAAAAAGUGAAUCUUCAGAUAAAAGCUCACUAACAAAGUCAAAAACAGGAUGGGAUCCUGAGAGGAGAAGCAGCAUUGACACUCUGUACUCUCAGAGAUUUCCUUCCUAUGAAGAACUAGGAAUAGCUAAAGCAACUGUGCAGAAAUCUGAUGAUAUACUUCAUGAUCUUGGUCAAAAGAGGAAAGAAACAAAUAGCAUACUUCAGCCAAAAGAAUCUCUUGUUAUACCAAGGCUUGCCGAUCUCCCUCAAAAUUCUGUUACACUUCAAACAACCAGUACAAGAUCUGUGUUGAAAGAUGCUCAGAAAAUUCUGAGAGGAGUACAAAACAAUAAAAAAGUACUUGAGGAAAACCUGGAAGCUAUUAUUCGAGCAAAGGAUGGAGCUGCAAUGUAUUCAUUUAUCAAUGCUUUGUCUACCGAUAGUGAGAUAUCAGAGAAGAUUCGCAUCAGAAAGACAGUGGAUGAAUGGAUUAAAACUAUCUCUGCAGAAAUUCAGGAUGAGCUGGCAAGAAAAGAUGAACAAAAGAGAUUAGAUCAUAAGAAUCAAAGGACAAAGAAAGCUCAGAAUAUGAAUAAAAACACCAAAAUCAACAUGCAAGACAAAACGGUAAAUAAUUCAAUAAUUCCAAGAAGAUAUUCUCAAAAACAAAAAGAAGAACAUUUUAGAAAUCUACCUACAAGAGGCAUAUCUACUUCAAACUUACAGAAAGAAAGAAAAGAAGCAUUUUUUAAAGCAACCUCAGUGAUACAAGAUGAGGACUAUAUGUUACAGAUUUAUGGAAAACCAAUUUAUCAGGCUCACCGUAGUACUCUAAAAAAGGGACCAUAUCUUAGAUUUAAUUCUCCAUCUCCUAAAGCCAAACCACUGAGACCAAAACUAAUAGAAAGAGUUAAAGGUACUAAGGUAAAGUCAAUAAGAACACAAACUGACUUUUAUGCAACAAAAUCCAAGAAGUCUGAUUCUAAACUGCAACGUUCUGUUACUAUGCUGCCUUCUGGUGAACAACAGUAUAUGUUCAGCCCAAGCAGAGAAAUGCCUACUCUUUCAGGUACAUUGGAAGGCCAGCUAAUCCCAAUGGCAAUUCUAUUAGGACAAACUCAAAGUAAUAGUGAGUCCAUGCCACCUGCUGUAGUAAAUGUAAACAGAUCACAUCCGAUAACAGUGACUACUUCCAUCCCGCCACCACCUCGAAAAGUAGAAAGUGGAGUAAAGAAGCCUAACAUAGCAGUUGUAGAAAUGAAGUCAGAAAAAAAGGAUCCUCCUCAGCUCACGAUACAGGUAUUACCCAAUGUAGAUAUUGACAGCAUUUCAAAUGGUAGUGCUGUUGUGAGUCCAUCUCUACCCAGUUCCAAAGAAGCAUCUCCUUCUCCUCCUCUGAAAGCCUGGAUACAGACUCCAGAGUUUGUGAAAGUGGAUGAAGAAGAAGUGAAGUUUCCAGGAACCAACUUUGAUGAAGUAAUUGAUGUUAUACAGGAAGAGGAAAAAUGUGAUGAAAUUCCAGAAUCAUCUGAACCAAUUCUGGAAUUUGACAGAAGUGUUAAAGUUGCCUCUACAAAGUAUAAUGGUCCUCCGUUUCCACCACUCACUUCUGCUUUUCAGCCGACUACUGAUAAUUUGGAUAAAGUAAUUCAGAGGAAAGAAACAUUGGAAAAUAACGUAAUUCACUGGGUGGAACAAGAAAUAAUGUCAAGAAUUAUCUCUAGGCACUUUCCAAUCCACCAAACCAUAGCUGAUAUCAGUGUUUCUUCGGUCAGUGAGGCAAGUGAACCAUUGAAUUCUGACAUUGUGGAGGGAACAAGUGGUGGUGUUCUCCAGCUUUUUGUUGAUGCUGGGGUUCCAGUGAAUUCAGACAUGAUUAGCCAUUUUGUCAAUGAAGCUCUUGCUGAGACCAUUGCUGUCAUGCUAGGUGAUAGGGAAACGAAGAAGCAAGGUCCUGUUACUUCGAGUGUUCCUGGGGAUGUUUCAGCUAGUGAAAUACAUUUUCAGGGAACUGUACAUACCCCAGUGGCCACCCCACAGCCAACGCCUCCUCGAUCACCUUCAUUACUUCCUAAGGAGCAAUUUCUAGUAAAAACCCCAGAAUCUUCUCUCUGUGACUCAGAGUUUGAUGUAGAUUUACCUGUGAAAGAAAUACCUGCUGAGAAAGGAGAUGAUGUGCCUGCCCUCACACUGGCUAAUACCCCAGCAGUUACCCCUACUACUACACCUCCUCCUGCAGCAGCUCCCACCCCAACUUUAUCAGAAGUUUCCAUUGAUAAAUUGAAGCCAUCAAGCCCAGAAUUUCCCAAGCCAUGGAAUGAUGGAGAUCUGCCACUAGAAGAGGAGAAUCCGAACUCUUUUCAAGAAGAACUUCACCCGAGAGCUAUUGUAAUGUCUGUUGCCAAGGAUGAAGAGCCUGAGAGCAUGGACCUUCCUGCUCAGCCUAUAUUUCCAAAGCCACUUCCCUUUUCAGCACUUCCUGCUGACACUAAAGCUCCUUCUCCUGUACAAAUGUCAAGUUCUGAUUCAUCAACAAUGGAGAGCACCUUGAGUGCUACUGUCACAGAAACAGAAACUUUAGAUAGACCCAUCUCUGAAGGAGAGAUUUUAUUUAACUUUGGACAAAAAAUGUUCUCUAUGUUUUUAGGAGAUAGAGGACUAUGUCAGACAAACUUAAAUGAUAGCCUAUCCAGUACUCUGCAUGAUGCUUUUGAAAUGGAAGAUGACCCUCUCAGCGAAGGACAGGUGAUUAGGACGCCCCAUAAAAAAUUUCAUGGAGAUACAAUGCUUUCUCUUCUUGGUAAACAAAACCAGGAGUUAUUGGUUUCACAUCAAUCAGAUUCAGAGGACUUGGAAAACAGUUUGGGUGAACUUAGUGAAGGACAAAGGCCCAGACUGAUAGGAGCAACCGAGAAUGCUUUAUUGGGACAUUCUGUCUACCUGCAGCAGCCUGUUCCUAAUGCAGAGCGUUUGGAUCAAAAAUGUGCUCCUGAACCAUUAUCUGAGCAUCACGAUGUAGUUGAAGGUGUUGUUAAUGAAGACUUGUAUGCUAGUCAUGGUCCAAUAUGUCUGGGAGACUUGGAGUUGCCUCCGAAUCCUAAAGUUGCUCUUCCAACAAGAGAAAAUGAUGCUAAGAUAUCAAUGGCCACUGAAGAGUUUCCUCAGUACCAACAAAAGAAAGACCAAGAUGCUAAGCAAGUUGAACAUAGGCCGGUGCAAAAUCGUUUAAUACAUAUGAGAAAUAAAUCUGAUACUUCACUUUCACAGCAACAAGGUGAUUUGGAUCGGACACAGAUUGAGCCCAAUCUGUAUCUUGCAUCUGUAUUUGCUGGUGGUAAGGAAAUACCUCUCUUCACUUCACAGCCUUCACCUGCCAAGAUGUCUGUGACAUUGCCCUCAGUGAACCUGGAAGAUUGCUCUCAGUCACUUAGCAUCAGCACCAUCCAGGGAGACACAGAAUCCUCAGGAACAGAUACCUUCUGAAAGAGAAGUCAGAGCCAGCACAACGUUUGUGCUACUGGUUUUGAAGUCAUUUUUCUUUGCAUAAAACCAUCUAUCAGUCUGUUUGACCUUUGAGCAUAUUCUGAAAAAUGACUUCUAUUUUUUUUUAAUUAAAGUAUGGGCUUAAUUUGGGUAUUUAGGUAAAAUUUCAAAUAAAAUAAAAUUCACACCUAUAAAUCUUAAUAA